AUGAGUGACAUGUCGACAACAAAACAACUUAGUGGGGAUAUACUUUCUCCUUCAUCUCAACAUUCAGAAGUACCACUUGGUACUGCUAAAGACAUAUCAUUGUUUUUUCUUUUUACUAAUUCUUUUCUUUUAAUCGAUAGAUCAAAUUGGACACUUUCAAAUAUUCAAAAACUAAAUGUUAGUGAAUUAUAUACUCGACAACGUCAAAGUUUACGUUCAUGGACAGAAUUUUUUAAUACAAAUCAAUUUAAAGUACCUGCUAAUAUUAAAGCUGGCGGUCGUCGAAUUCUUUUAAAUGUUGAACAUUUCCAAACAAAUUAUGCUAUUGUCACUAUUCUUUUAUCAAUCUAUUGCAUAAUUACAACACCAGCUUUACUAUUUGUUUUAUUAGCAAUGGGUGCUGGUUGUUAUUUAGUUAGUUUAAAAAAUCGCGAAAGUCAAUUAGCAAUUAUGGGUCGUCAGAUUUCACUAACUCACCAGUAUUUAGCAGUGAUGUGUCUUUGUGUUCCAUUGCUUGUUAUGGUUGGUGCUGGUUCAGCAAUUUUUUGGAUUCUUGGUGCGUCAGUUGUUGUCAUAUUUCUUCAUGCCUUGUUUCAUCAAACACCAAAUCAAGAAGCAUAUGGCGUACAAAUGGAAGAAAUGGCAUCAUCAUCAGAUUAUAUUAUCGAAUUUAAAAUAGAUGUUUUCAAAACAUUAAAACUUGUUGGUAUAACAGCAAGUGUUUUAACAGCAAUUGGUGUUAGUGCCUAUUAUAUUAAUAGACAUUUACAAAGUUCAAAACGUAUUAUUCUACGAGAUGAAGUACGAAAUAUUCUUCGCCCAUUUCAAUUAACUGAAGAACAAAUUCGUCGUGUUAUGGCAAAUUUAAAUACUGAAAUGACCAAUGGAUUAAAAUGUGAUGAUGCAGCAACAAAUGAUUUAGCCAUGUUUCCAACUUAUGUACAUCAUGGACCAAGUGGGCAAGAAUCUGGAGAAUAUUUAGUUGUUGAUUUAGGUGGUUCGAAUUUUCGUGUUUCACAUGUUGUUAUUGAAGCAAGAAAUCGAAUGCGUUUAAAUAAUAAAAUAUUUCUUAUUCCACAUUCAUUAUUAUUAGGUGAAGGUGAAAAACUAUUUGAUUAUAUUGCUGAAUGUUUACAAAGAUUUAUUGAUGAUAAUAAAUUGUCAUUACAUAAAUCAACUGAUUAUAAAUUUGAUUUAGCUUUUACAUUUAGUUUUCCUUGUAAACAAACAAGUUUAAGAGAAGCUACAUUAGUAUCAUGGACAAAAGGUUUUAGUUGUACAAGUGUUGUUGGUAAUGAUGUUGUUCUUAUGUUACAACAGGCUAUUAAUCGACGAAAGGGUCUCAAAAUAGAAGUUGUUGCUUUAGUCAACGAUACAGUUGGUACAUUAAUGGCUUGUAGUUCAAUUUAUCGUGAUUGUAAAGCAGGUGUUAUACUUGGCACAGGAAUCAAUGCAUGUUAUUUUGAACAUAUUGAAAAUGUACCUAAAUGGGCAGGUCUACGAGAUAAUACAACAAAACAAAUUAUUAUUAGUACAGAAUGGGGUGCACUCGGAAAAAAUGGUUGCCUUGAUUUUAUUCGAACAGAUAUUGAUCGUGAACUUGAUGAAUCAAGUUUGACACCACAACAACAAGUUUUUGAAAAAAUGAUUUCAGCUCUUUAUCUCGGUGAAAUUGUUCGUUUAAUUAUUGUUGAUUUAGUACAACGUUCUAUUCUAUUUCCGGGUCGUAUGCAAAAAUCACCAAGUAUUCGACCUGAUUAUAAUAUAUUUCUUAUUUUAAGAGGAAGUUUCUAUGCGAAACAUGUUGCAGAUAUUGAAAGUGAUACAAACUUGUCAAUAACUGCUACAAUUCUUACUUCAAUUGGCAUUCAUGAACCAUCAUACGAUGAUUGUUAUAUUAUUCGAGAAGUAUGCAAGACAGUAUCACUUCGAGCAGCUAAAUUAGCAGCGGCAGCUAUUGCUGUUCUUAUUAAUCGUCUCAAUAUGCCUUCCGUAACAGUCGCUGUUGAUGGUACACUCUUUCGUCAUCAUCAAAAAUUCAAGAAAAAUCUUAUUCGAACUCUAGAUCGACUUGUGCCAAGAACACAUCGUUUGGUUCUUUCUGAAGAUGGUUCAUCCAAAGGUUCAGCUUUAGUAGCUGCUGUUGAUCGACGAUUAAAAACAGCAUCAGUUACAUAUGAAAAAAGUUUUCCAUCAUAA